AUGGGCUCAACACACGAAGCCGACCUCAUCCUCACCCACCCGACCCCCGCCGAGCGUAUCCAGAUAUGGACCUGGACUCACGAGAAAUGGGGCACCGCCCUCGAGCUCGACGAGUACCUACGCCGCGAGCAGUACCUCACCACCGUCCCCGUCAGCCGGAACGGCGGCAUCACCCACUGGAUCCUGACCGACCCUGCGCAACCGCCCGACGCCCGCCCCAUCUACUCGUCGUGCGAGAGCAUCCGCAAGCGCGCGCUGGCCGCGAAGCCCGACGGCACCGUCGCCGAUACCGUGGCACACGCCAUCGGCUCCGUCUUCACGGAGCCCUCGCACCGCGGCAAGGGCUACGCCUCGACCAUGAUGAGCAUGGUCGGCUCCCGCGUGGCCAGCUGGCAGGGCAACAAGAUGGCCAAGGGCGAGCAGUGGGGCGACAUCAAGGACGGCGAGGUCGCAUGCUCCAUACUCUUUUCCGACAUUGGCAAAAAGUUCUACGCGAAACACGGCUGGCACCCGUACGAGAGCACACACCUUUCCUUCCCGCCUCAAGCGGCCGACGAAGGCCAGAAGAAGAACGGCAAGGCGAAGCCCGUCGGGUACCAUGAGCUCGCGGAGCUGAGCGCCGUCGACGAGAAGCUUCUCCGCGAGAGGCUGUCGAGGGCGUCAAAGGGCAACAAGGCGCGCGUGGCGCUGUUGCCGGACAUCGACGUCAUCUUAUGGCAUCUCAUGCGCGAGGACUUCAUGACGAAGCACAUCUUUGGCAAGACGCCGACGGUGCGCGGUGCCGUCGUGGGCGAGCCCGGGCAGAGGGUGUGGGCCGUGUGGACGAGGGGCUACUACGGCGGACUGAAGAAGCCCGAGGGUAACACGAUGCACAUUCUGAGGUUGGUUGUGGAGGAUGAGAACAGCAGCGAUGAUUACGUGCAGGAAGCCAUCGAGGAGCUGUUGACGCUCGCGAGGGCGGAGGCGGCCGAGUGGAAGUCUAACAACAUUGAGAUGUGGAACCCGGAAGCCAGAGUGAGAAGGCUGGUGGAGAAGGCGGGUAUCCCGCAUGAGUUUGUAGAGAGGGAGAAUGAUAGCAUCCCGAGCCUGAUGUGGUACGGCGAUGGAGAAGUGGAAUGGGUGCUGAAUGAGAAGUUUGGCUGGUGUUAG